GAUGGAUGACGUUUGUAAAGUAAAACAGGAAAUUAUCUGGAGACGUUUUGAAAGCGAAGGCAAGUGUUACAUAAAAAGAAAGAAAAGGUACCCGCUUUCUCAGCUGUAAUCAGUAUUUUAAUAUCGGUGUUGCCGACGAAGAGGCUUGUUGUCUUACUCGCUGUUUUGAUGGCUUGCUUUGACAGUAAUAAGGGAAGUUUGGAGGAGGUCAGCUAUGACGGAGCUGUUGGUGGAGAGGUGUCCAGCUGCGCGUUGGCAAUGAUGGAAAAAGAACGCGAGUCCCUUCUCAGCCCUUCGGAGAGCCCGGGCACAUUUAUCAGCAGCAACUCCACCAGUCUUCAGGGUGCUGACCCCGUCCAGGGCUACGACGUGGAGUUUGACCCGCCCCUAGAGAGUAAAUAUGAGUGCCCUAUCUGCCUCAUGGCUUUGAGGAAUGCCAUUCAAACACCCUGUGGUCAUCGAUUCUGCAAGAACUGCAUUGAGAAGUCCAUUCGCGAUACCGGACAGAGGUGCCCUGUUGACAAUGAAGCGUUGUCAGAAGAACAGCUCUUUCCUGAUAACUUUGCCAAACGAGAGAUCCUAUCGCUAACUGUGCGCUGUCCCAACUCUGGCUGUGCUGACAAAAUGGAGCUCAGACAUUUAGAGAAUCAUUUGGUGCAUUGUCAGUUUGCCACCGAGCCGUGCCCACAGUGCCAGCAGUCUGUGAGAAAGAGCCACCUAGAGGAGCACAAAACUGUCGAGUGCCAAAGGAGACCUGUGUCCUGUCCAGAUUGUGUUGCAAGCUUUGUUUACGAGGAGAGAGAGCUUCAUGAACACCAGUGUCCCUUUGCCAUUGUGAAGUGUCAGUACUGUGGGAUGGAUCUGAUCAGAGACCAGAUGGAAUCUCAUUGUGACACAGAUUGUCCCAAAGCACCCAUCGCCUGUAACUUCAGCGCCUUUGGAUGUAAGGAGCGGAUGCAGCGCCACAACCUGGCCCAGCACAUGCAGGAGUUCACACAGAUGCAUAUGCGCUUCAUGGCCGACUUCCUCCGAGGCGUCACCCUCAAUGGUACCUCUCCUAAAUCCCUGUGGUCGCUAGGACCUUCCGUGUCCCCCGAGGAGCAAGGAGCUGCAGCGUCAGUAUCGGCCUGUAGUGGUCCAAGAGGAGCCGCGAGCUGCAGCAGCAACAACAGCGCCCCAAGUCAGCCUAGCGAGGAGAUGCAGAGGAUCAGGGACAUGGACGGACGACUGGUGAAGCAGGACCACCAGCUGCGUGAGCUCAUCAUCUUAAAAGAAACACAGGCCGGCCAGUUAGCAGAGCUCAGACGCAGAGUGUCAAUGCUGGAGGAGACGGUGAAGGAGCUGGAAGCCCACCAGUGUCAUGGCAUCUUCAUUUGGCGUCUCAAAGGUUUCUCCACCCACCUGCGUAACCAAGAGGCCGGCCAGGCGGUGGUGGAGCACAGCCCCGGCUUCUACACGGGCCGCCCAGGCUACAAGCUGUGCCUGCGACUACACCUGCAGACCCCCAAUGCCCCGCGCUGCUCCAAUUUUAUCUCGCUCUUUGUCCACACCAUGCAAGGAGCUUAUGACGGGCAGCUGACCUGGCCUUUUCAGGGCACCAUCCGCCUUGCCAUCCUGGACCAGGGCCCUGAGGGUCAGCACCACACGGAGGUGAUGGAAACCAAACCAGACCUGCAAGCCUUCCAGAAGCCCGCCAUCCAUCGUAACCCCAAAGGCUUUGGCUACGUCACCUUUUUGCACCUGCAUCAGCUGAAUCAGAGAGCCUUUAUCAAAGAUGAUACUUUACUUAUCCGCUGUGAGGUGACACCGCGUUUUGACAAUAUGCACCGUGAGGGACCAGCGGUGCAGCCGAGAGGCCCUGAGGCCUCAGUGUGAGGGACUAAAAUCAAACUCUUAUCUACUGGAUCAUCAUACCAAGACGUCAGUACAGUACUGACAAAACACUGGACAGUCAGAGUGAUGGACAGUCAGAGUGAGGGACAGUCAGAGUGAGGGACAGUCAGAGUGAGGGACAGUCAGAGUGA